AUGGCUUUCUAUAGCAACGGAAUGAACGCAAAUCCCUUGAGCUCCGGCUCGGGUUUCGGUGGCCACAACGCCAGGUUUCUUCAAGCUUCUGCUUCAAAUGGCGGGCUGCCGAAUGGAACUGGACAACCCUCCGGUGGUCAUCACCGCAAUGGACAAGCGCCUAGACAACCCGGUCCUAACAACGGCCAGCGUGGACGACGUGGACAGCGUGGACAGCACGCACAGAAAGUCUUCAUUGCUCCCGCUGGCCCCCGGGAUGGCGACGUGGUGAUGAGAGAUGCGUAUGCUCCCAUCGCGGCUCCUCAGCCUGACCCCGAUGUGGUCAUGGUUGACGCUCCUCCCCUCCUUGAAACGGCCUCUGCCAUUUUGGACCUCGCUCUCAAUGACGAGGCCCUGGGGAGCACCUGCUACCAAAUGGGCGGUGCUCCCUUCUAUUUCUGA